UCUAAUCACGUCCAACUUAGAUGCGUAUCCUUUUGUCCAAAAUCCUUAUGGAGAAGAAAUAUGGCGCACACAUCCUUCUCCUUCUCUGCUUCUCUUGCUGCUGCUUCCUCUGCUGUAUGGGCAGCAACUCCAGUGAUAUGGAAAUCCUUCUAUCCUUCAAAUCCCAAUUCAUAUCUUCGGACCCUCAGAAUGAGCUGGUGGGCUGGAACAACAGAUUCCCUGUUUGCAACUGGCCACACAUUUCCUGCACCUCCGACAGAACACGUGUCCGUGAUGUAAGCCUCCAAGGCCUCGGCCUCUCUGGUAUCAUCCCCCCACACCUAUCUAACCUCUCUUCCCUCCAAACUCUUGACCUCUCUGAUAACUUCUUCCACGGCCCAAUUCCUUCACAACUUGGCCGUCUCCCUCUCCUCCAAAGGCUCCUCCUCUAUAACAACUCCAUUGAUGGUACUAUUCCUAGCAAUCUCUCUCAUUGCUUAAGCCUCCUAGAAAUCGAUCUUACGUACAACCAACUAUCUGGAAACAUCCCUUCCUCUCUCAGCUUUCUCACACAACUCGAAAUUCUUUAUGUUUCGGUCAACCAACUUGUGGGUCCAAUUCCCCCUUCCAUUGGAAAUCUCACAUCUCUUAUCUAUCUCUACCUUGCAAGAAAUGGACUUUCCGGUGAUAUUCCAAAAGAACUCGGACAUCUCCGGAAUCUCAAUGAUCUGCAGGUCUCCCAGAACCAACUCAGUGGCGUGAUCCCUUCCUCGAUUUACAACAUCUCCUCUCUUGAGCUGUUCUCCGUGACAGACAAUAAGCUCACCGGAGAGCUUCCAGAAGACAUUGGUCUCCAGCUUCCCAACCUGAAGGAACUCCUCAUGUCUGCCAAUGAAUUCCACGGACCCAUUCCAGGUUCCUUAUCGAACAUCUCCAGAAUUGAAUCCCUCGACUUAUCGAAAAAUAACUUCGGGGGUUCAAUUCCUUCACUCGGAAGCAUGAAUGAUCUUCUCUGGUUGAAUCUAGCCAACAACGCUCUCACUUCCACCACUGAUAUCAUCGGUCGUUUUUUCGAUUCUCUUACAAACUGCACCCACUUGGAGGUGUUCUCACUGACUACCAAUCAAUUAGCAGGCGAGCUCCCAACUUCGACUGGGAAUCUCUCCGCCCAUCUUGAAAAUUUUAGUGUGGAUGACAAUCUCUUUUCAGGUUCCUUCCCACAUGGCGUCCAAAACUACCGCAAUCUAACAACCUUAGAUCUGCAACUGAAUUCCUUCACGGGUAGCGUCCCCGAGUCCAUUGGCAUACUCCGCAAACUGCAGAGACUCUCCCUCGAAGAAAACAGCUUUGUCGGAGAAAUACCAGACAUUUUCAGUAAUCUUACACAGCUGCAUCGGCUCAAUUUAAGUGAUAACCAGUUCCAUGGCAGGAUUCCGCAGAGCAUAGGUGACUGUCAGAAUCUGGAACGGUUGGAUGUCUCUGGCAACAACCUCACAGGAAACAUACCCAAAGAGCUCUUCAAUCUCCGGUAUUUAACAUUUAACUUGAGCUUAGCUCGGAACUUUCUUAAUGGUCCCCUGCCAAUUGAAGUGGGUAAGCUGAACAUGCUCGGUUUCAUGGACUUCUCUGAGAAUGAACUAUCAGGGACUGUUCCUGUCUCCAUUGGCGACUGUUCAAGCUUACAAGGUCUGAACAUGGCCAGGAAUCGAUUCGAAGGCCUGAUACCAGAAUCAUUUAGCCGAUUAGGAACCCUUGAGAGCUUGGAUCUUUCAUUUAAUAAUCUAUCUGGACAGAUCCCAAUGGUCUUAGAGAAGCUCAGGUUUCUGCAGAACCUGAAUUUGUCUUUCAACAAUCUCCAAGAAAGGGUGCCGGUCCAAGGGGUUUUCGGAAACAUCAGCUGGGAAUCAUUGCAAGGAAAUAAGGGGCUCUGUACUAACAGCAAGGAUGCACAGAAGAAGCUGAGGCUGCCUGCAUGCAGCAAGCAUGGGUCUUCUUCUCUUAAGCUCAAAAUCAUUCUUCCAAUUGCUAGCUCUGCAGUACUUUUAUGUGUUCUCUUCUGUUUAAUAUCUAUAGGGAAUUCAAGGAAACAUGAGAGUGAUAUUAGAAGAAUUUCAUGGGGUGCUUCCUUCAAAGGUCGACAUUGGAAAAUAUCAUACCAAGAUAUUUUAUCUGCAACAAACAAUUUUGACUCAGGGAAUUUGAUAGGUAAGGGAGGCUUCAGCUCUGUUUAUAAAGGAAUUAUUGGUGGUGAAAAUGAAAUAACCACCACCGUUGCCAUUAAGGUGUUUGACCUGAAAAAAAGGAAAGCUUCUAAGAGCUUUGCAUUAGAAUGCAAGACUCUAAGGAACAUUCGGCAUCGAAACCUGGUCAAGAUCAUCACGUCCUGCACAAGCAUCGACCACAAUGGAGCCGAAUUUAAAGCUCUUGUUAUGGACUUCAUGUCUAAUGGCAGUCUGGAGGAGUGGCUGCAUCCGAAGGAGAGCGCGAGUAUGAUGAGAUUGAAUCUGCUUCAGAGACUGAACAUCAGUAUAGAUGUAGCUGCCGCCAUGGACUAUCUACACCAUGAUUGUGACCCACCUGUGGCCCACUGUGAUCUGAAACCCAGCAAUGUGCUCUUGGAUGAUGAGAUGACUGCUAGUGUUGGGGACUUUGGAUUGGCCAGACUUCUCUUUCCUUCGGAGAACCAGAGUAGCACAGUCGAACUAAAGGGAUCCAUUGGCUAUAUUGCCCCAGAGUAUGGUAUAGGCAGCAAAGCAUCGACAAGUGGAGAUGUUUAUAGUUAUGGAAUACUAUUGUUGGAGAUUUUCACAGGCAAGAAGCCCAUAGAUGACAUGUCCAAGGAUGGAUUAAACCUGAAUAAAUUUGCAACUGCAGUGUUUGAGAAUCGUGUUGUGGAAAUUGUUGAUCUGAGCCUGCUGGAAAAUGAUGAUGACUCUGAGAGAAGUAACAGCACUAGCAGCAACACCAACACAAACAGCAAUGAUCGUAUUACUGGUGGAAGUCAUGGAAACACAGAGAAUGAGACAGAAAUAGAUUGGCAGAGUAGAAAAGAAGUGUGUUUGGAAGCCCUGAUAAGAAUCGGUCUUUCAUGUGCGGCAUAUUCACCGAAGGAUCGUCCCAGAAUGAGAGAAAUUCUAAUUAAAAUGCACGACAUAAAAGAAUCAUUGUUUCAGUUUGGAGGGAAAUGAUUUUCUUUCA